AUGGGGAACAACAAGAAGAUGGGGAGGUCCAGAGGCCAGACAUCGCACCGGGGGCAGUCCAGUAGGAGCCGCCAACUCCGAUGGUAAUCGUCUCGCCUUCUUCUCUCCCCCUGGAACGAGAUGCAUCUUUGAUCGAACGUGUUGAACAUUUCCGCGCGUAUUUACACCAGAUCAUAGUGUUUAUUUGUCGGAUGAUAAUUACUAUUUGCAUUAGAGGGAGCCUUGGAGAAGGAGGGUUAUAUUUUCCAUUUUUUUUAAUCUGUUGACAGUACCGUAUUUUCCUGAUUUUGGAUAUGUUCACUGCUUCUUCUAUGUAGUGUAUACGCUAAUUUACUCUCAUGCUUUUCGCAGGGAAGAUUCACAAGCGCAUGGCACCCUCACGGCUUGUCAGGGUGAGUCUCUGCCUCAGAAUUGUUCAUUUUUGGAGUAAACUUCAUGUUUUUGUGACCAAAACUUCGGAGUUUUUCCUGCUCUUUAAUCUAGCGUUGCGCUGGGUCCGAACACAACUUUCAUGAUCUCAGUAGUUGACUAUAUUGGCCCUUCCUUUAAAAACUUUCAUCUGUGAAUGUAUCAUCGGAGAACAGUCUAUCUUCCAUCUCGGCAAAAUAGUUCACGUCCUCACUAUAUAUUAUAGGGUACGUUAAGUCGCCUAUGUAGGCAUUCAUUGCAGUCUGAUCUAUGGAAAGUUUCUACAAGAGCCUUCUAUUGACCAUAUCUUAAAAUAGUAGACGAGGGAAGGGCGUGUAUGUGUACUUAAUAUAAACGUUUGAGUUUUAAUUACUAGAGAUCAAGAUAUAUUAGUUGGCCGUAUGUUCAUAUUAUUUCAUCCAAUCACUUCGGGUCAUUAAGAGAACAGCAUCUGCAUUCCUUCUUACAUUGUGAGUAUCUACUUCUUUACAGGAGGCUGUCAAAAGUUCUUGCAUGAUCUCAACAACAGUAAGCAUAUAGUGUAGUUUAGUUUUCUUCAUUAAGGAAAUGUCCAUAUGACCAUCCUGGAAAUCCAGUUCUAUUUCUGUCAAGUCAUGAAAAUGGAACUGUCAUGUUAAAUUAUAAAGUUUUCCUUUAAGGAUUCCAUCUUGAUGUUUAUUAUUGUACACACCUCUUCAAUAGUUUUCAAUUUAGUCUCUGUCAAUCUAAAAAUAAAUUUGGCUCUGAAAAAAAUUCGUGUUCAUAUUAUCUUCUGGUUCACGCUACUGACCCAUUAAAGGACCCAGAAGGCAAGAAAAAUACAAUAUGAGUUAUUUACAUACCUUGUUAUGAGGUAAUUUCUAAAGAAUAGAUUGCUUAUGUAAAUUAUCAGCUGAUUCAUCUCGUCAUCUCCAUGGAAAAAAUCUGAGGAUUCAUAAGCAAAGAUAUAGAUGUGAAUUUGAGGUGUUAAGUACAAAUGCGUCAUCAUAGAUUAUUGCUCUUGCUUUUUCAGAAAUUAGCUAAUAAAUUGGGUUUCUUAAAAUACUUUCCCUGCAGAAGAUGAUGACGAGGAGGCAGUUGCUGUUCCAAAAAUUAACCUUGCAAUGUGGGUAGGUAACAUUGAAAAAUCUCAUAUCCGCAUUCAACAUAAACGGUGGUUCUGACGUCUGUGCGUGAAUGCCAAAAUACAUUGCGUAAUUUAAGGGAUUGUCAUGGACUAAUUCAUUUGGACGUAGGAUUUUGGACAGUGCGAUGUUAAAAGGUGCACAGGACGCAAGCUGGCAAGGUUCGGUUUAUUAAAGGAAAUUUUCUGAUCCUGAAUACCCCGUGUUUAUUUUAUUUCCUUCACUUUAUUGAGAAGUUAGGAACCAGGUUGUGUUUGGUCUUUUAUUUUUUAAGUCUUUUUCAUACCUAGAGUCAUAUCUUAAUGAUUUACGUGAAAACUGGUUUGUCCAUAUUAUGAGAGUCCUAAGUUUGAAUUGUUCAUGUAUGGCAUUAGUAGAGAGUUUACCUCACCAGGGACCUGACAGAGCUAGCGGCAAGUGGUGCAUCGGAUAUCACUUUAUGAUGAAGGAUAAAAGUGAACUGAUAAGUUAUAUAGGGGAAAUAUAUCAUGCUUUUGAACUCUUUUGGCUAGUAGCUUCCUUCUUUAUCGAAAAAAUGUGCGAGGAUGGCUCCCUGGUUGCAUUGACUUGCUUUGAUUAAUAAAAUGGUAAAUUAUUCUCUAUGCGGAUUACUGACAGACUGGUGCUCGUCAAACUUUCGUGGUAGAAACCUUGCAAGACCUUGUAAAGAUUUGAUGUCAUGCAAACCAAUGAAAACUUGUUCAAGUACUUGGAUCCUCCAUUGGACCUUAAGAUGCCAGAUUGAUGGAAUGAGGCCAAUUCUAUUAUGAUUUUUUUUUCUCAGAUCAUGAUUAGUUAUGGUUGGAUUGUGUGAAUGCGAGUUUUAAGCUUUACCAGCACCAUUAGCUGAUUCAAUCGCAACUAAAUCUAGAAGGAUUCAGAGACUAUCACUAUGUUAAAUUUAUAGUAUGAGCACUAUUAGCUCCAGGGACUAUCACCAAGAGGAGACUAGAGUCUAUAAUUAUGCUUAAGCUGUGACGGCAUGACUUUCUUUCUGCCUCAGUAUCUAGACUAAUUAGUUUGAGAUACUACAAUUUGGUUAAUCUUAGUCUUGUGAUGGCAUCUUGACAAUAUGCAAUCCCCAACCAACGUAUGACCUAAUUGGUAUUACUAAAUAAGUAUAAUACUUCUUUAAAUUUGCUGACAAUAUAUGUGCUCUUUCAGGAAUUGCGUGUGACCACUGGUUUUGGUGGCAUUGUCUUAAGGUAACUCUCAACUUUUAAUUCUCUUAAUUUUUUUUAAUAGAUGAUUCAUAUUUUACAUCAAAUAAAAGAAUGGAGGUUUGUAAUUCGAAAGGCUGAGUUUUAGAUGUCAGUAUUCCCUGCUAAGUUAUACAAGGUAUUUUGACCUGGUAUCUGACAGGACUUGCUUGCAAUGCGUUUUCAUUUUAUUUCUUGUCACUUUUGACGAAGUGUGUAUUAAUCUCAUCCAUUUCGAUGUUCUAUGUUUCUGUAGUCCAGUUGGGAGGAUGUGCGUUUCAAAGGAAGAUCAUUCUUCAGUAAGGUGCAAAGGACUUGCUGUUGUGGACUGUUCAUGGGCUCGUCUGAAUGAUGUUCCGUUUGCGAAACUUCGUUGCUCUGGACCUCGCCUUUGUAAGAAAUGAAUCUUUUGCUCUAUUUUCUUUGUCUAUGCAGUCCUAGAAGACACUUUAAGGAAUCUGGACAUAUGUUUGAUAUUUCCUUCCUAAUAAUGAUGAUGCCAAUGUGAAUGUACGUACCCUCCUUUUGAUAUUGAAGAUGGGUUCCAGAGUUGAAAUGAAUCAUGUAAAAAAAAUAAUUUCUAAAGAGAACUGGAAAUUGAAAAUGAUAUUGAGUAAUUUCUAAAGAGGACUGGAAAUUGAAAAUUGAAUUUAAAAUCCUUCAACAGGAGAUGAGCUAUUUUUUUUGAGAAACAGAUGGAAGUCUAGCCAUUCACUACCGUCCUGCAAAUUAAAAACGCACUAAAGUUUUUCUCCUUUUUUGUAGGUUUACUGUUUCGUAAAAGUUCUGAUGUAAAAGAGUACUAAAGUAAUCAUUUAUUGUAAAAUCGAUUGGGAUUGAAACUUUUUAUUCGAUUUAGAUAGUUUUUUUUUUACACGAGACAGUUCUUUUCUGCUUUUCAUAUGAGGAAACUUUUCAAAUGCACAGCAUUCAGUACAUUAUCUGAAUCAUAUAUUUUUGAGAAAGGGUGUGAUUGUUACUUACAGUAAUGCAUUCAGAAGCUCCCCCUUCAAGAAAUGAAAAUAUAAUAGUGGACUCAUUGGACUCAGUGCUUAGGCAAGAGUUUUACAACUGGGAUGAGUAACUAGACAGAAAAAACUUUUUUGUUUUAAAAAUUAUGCUUCUCCUGGACGGGACCAACAGAUGUGAGAAAGCGCAAGGAGGUGCUACUUGGUCGGUAUGUUGUGUCAGAUGCACUGAUCUUUGUGAUGAUGGAACGGAUUGGUGCUUAGUGUAGAUGAGGAAUAAAACUCCUUUGGAGAAGGCGUGGUAGUACUGGUGAAAAGAUAUAUAUUUUUUUCUCUUCUGCUCAUGAAGAAUGUUCGGGUUAAAGAGGUUAUCUUCUUAUAAUCUUCCACUUUCGGGGAUAGGGAGAUAUUGUGCAUGAAGAACUCUCGUGAUCUUGUUCUUCUUCUUCUAGAGGCGAUAGUUUAUAGAUGCCAUAUUUCCUGGAUAUCUUCAAAAAGAAACUCCCCCCGCCUCUUCCGAAAAAAAAAAAAAUAAAGAAAGAGGAAAAAGAGAAAAAAUGUAUCCUACUUUGCUCCUGUUUUCUUGACUUCUAUGUGUGGGCAAUCAUCGAGGUGAACCACAAUUCUUCAAAGUUCUGCGUGAUUUAAAGGGAAUAAUGUGGGACUUAAAUGCUGAUAUAUGCCUCUCGAUUGCAGUACCAUGGUUGGUGGCAGCGAACCCGGUGAACUAUGGUCGUCCGUGCGAAUUAUCCUGUGUUGAAGCAUUAUCUGCUGCAUUGAUCAUAUGGUGACCAUUUCAUAUGUUAUUUUGUUGCUGAAGUGCGUUCCAUUUUCAGUCUCAUCUAUUUAUUUCUCAAAAAUAUAUGGUUAGCCAAUUCCUUUGGUAUCAUUCCGUUAACGAUUAGAAAUAACUGCUUGUCUGAAAUUUCUUUUCAAAGGUAGAAAUAUCAUCGAAAGCUUAAAAAUUAUGAGCUAUACACUGGAAAUAUUUAUAUUUCUAUCGCAUAUAUUAUGAUGCUUUCUUUAAAUAUCUCAUCCAUGGCUGCUUUGAAACCAUCUAUCACGCUCUGUUUCUUCCUAAUCUUUACUGAAGAAGGUGUUUCUACUUUUGCCAUCGUUGACCAUGAGCUUAAUCUUGAUUGAAUAUCAUAGACGGUGAAGCAUACUUUCCAGCCAUUGAAAUGCAUUCAACAUGGAUACCUUGCCCUUGUGUUCGGCUGAUUUAAUCAUGAAUUCAACUCGAAUAAAGUGAAUCAUGUAUAAGGACUAUAAUCAUUAAUCAUGAACUGAGUAUGCAAAUGAAAUCAUUUCCUUUUAAUUUCCACUUUUGCUUCUGACAUGAACGAUCUUUAAUCUCGUUGUUGACAGUGGGGAGGAGGAAAUGGGGAAUCUGUUGCUUGGGAAGUUCAAAUGGGGGCAUUCUUUCCUCUCUCUUAAUAGGUAUCACGGGAUUUUAUCAAAUAUUUUUUUGGUGAUAAAUUAGUUUUUGGUGAUAAAUAUCUCUUCAAAAGUAUGUGUUGGGUGAUUUUUUUUCUUUGCCUUAUUUGGCAAUCAAGCUCGUCAACUCUUUAAUUGAUUAAUUUCCUUUUCAUCUUGAUAUGCUUUCUUGUCUAUUCUAGGGAACUUCUCAAGGCAUAUUCGCAGUGCGAGAAUGGGUCCGAAGUUAUUUCGGUGCAAAAUUCUUGGCUCUCUUGUAACUCAAGAAUCUCAAAGCCUCUUCCCCAGAACGAUGGUCCUAUUUUUUCUCCUGCCAUCUGGAAAUUAUUUUAUUUUUUUCUCAUAAUAUUACUACUUCUGGCACUACUUUUUUUCUGUUUUCAGCUCAGUAAUGUUAGAUCUUUGCACUUUGGCACCGUUUAUAUGCGGUGGUUAUGUGUUCAUUUUGCAUUAUUUCCUUUUCUUUCAAAAAUCACGUGUUCUAAAAAAUCCCACGUCUACAUCUUGUUGACUCCAGCCGUUGACGAGGAGCAUCCUGGCGUUGACUCUGACUGUGAUUCUGAAGACGGGCUUCCACCCCUUGAACGGAAUCUCAACCACAUGCACCUUGAGGAAGAAGACACAAGCGAGAGUGAAGACACUGGAGAGCUGGUAGAAUAA